UUUGUUGGGAAGUGAAAAUGUGAAAGGCUAUAGAGUGCUUUUUAAUUUUUCUGCUUAAAUUAGAGUGUUUGUCAACUGUGGCUAUAUGUUAUACACAAAUUUAUCUAAUCGUAAAAUCCAUCCAAUACUAUUGGAUAGAAAUAAUUUUUCCCCCUGAAGUAUCCCCAAGGCUUCUUCCCUGUGAAUACUGACUACAUCUCCAUGGUCUUCUUUAUAGAAGUUGUAGUCUCCUUAUCCCCCAUCUGGUUAGGACUCUGAGGAAAGUAGCCUGAUUACAAUAAUUUUUGAGGCUAAGGGUGAAUGGAUAGUUUUGUCUUCACUGAAAGCACCUCAUUAUUCUGACUGUUGUACUAAGAACCAAAUUGGGUUGUACUUUUAGGGAAUAUCAUAGCAUACAUACUGCCUCUCAUUUUUCUUGGAUUUUACAAAGAAUUUGCUAAAGUGUCAUCUCUUUUGGAUAUGUUCUUUGGGAAUUUGGUGCUUCUUCAUUUCUAAUUAUUCGUAUAAUAUUGUUUCAGUUAUUUUCAUUAGGGAAUGAAGUGUGUUGAGUGUUGAACAUACAGGAAGUUCAGGUAGAGGCCCAAAAGGAAACACAGAUGUGUGUGUGUCUGUAAAUAUCAUUAGAGCUGCUGGUUGAAUGUCAUCCUGGCAAAAGGGCAGGAAACUCACAUUUGUGCAGUAAGUGAUCAGUGUCGGGCACAGGGCCAAGAGCUUUCUAUUUUUUAGUUCAUUAAAUCCUCACAGAAACAUUGAGAAAGAGGGUGCUGUUUCUCCAUUUUAUACAUGAGGAAAUUGAAGCUGAGCGAGGUAGGGUACAUUGCCUAACUUCUCACAAUUCCAAUAGGAAGAGAUAGGAGUGAGCCUUGGCUUGUUUUUCCAUCACAAUAGGCUACAAGAAAAUGUUGGAUUUGAAGAGGGGGUCCCCAGAGAAAAGAGGGGGGGAAAGAAGAAAAACAUGCCUAUUAGGAGGCAAGAACAAACCGAGGAGGAAAUGGGAGACAAAGGAAUGUACUAGUUUAAUGUUUAUUUUGAAAACUUCCAGAGUUUGCUUAAAGCUCCCCUUUGUCACGCCCAGUGGCAAAAGGAAUGAUUUUAGGGUCAGCAAAUGUUUACCCUUUUAGAAUGUGGAGUUUACGGAUUUGCUCUGACAUUUGUUCACUGUGUGUGUAUGAAAAAUGAAAUAAUGAUACCUUAUGUUGUAUCCCAGGAAACUGCUUUAAGAAUCAAUGCGUGAAGUCGAUCAGAUAGUCAUUAUUCAAGCAAAUGCAAUGCUUGAAAGCAAACACCAAGUGUUUACAGUUUAUAAGAGUUUUUUUUUUUGUUUUGUUUUGUUUUGUUUUGUUUUUUGUUUUUUGUUUUUUUGUAUAUCUGCACAUUUUUUCCUAUGUGGAGCUAUAUGGAACAAUGUGUAGAGAAUUUGGGUGUUUUGCUUGCAGAUGUCAUAAUGGUUUUCUAUUCUCACAGAGCUUGGAGGCCUCCAGGUAGUUUUUCUUUUAAUGUGGUUGGGAGUUAUUAGCACUGGAUGGAUUCCCUCCCCCCACGCCCCAACUAAACCACACCAAAUACAACUAUGCUUAUAAGCUGUCAUUGUCAAUAGGACGGUGUGUGUAGGCUGUUUAAGCUGUUGUGGUUAGCUUCUCACAAUAUGCUGAUGUUGCUGGUACUACUGGCAUCUAAGGGUACAUACACUCCCUUCACCCCAAAGGCACUUUAAAUGGAGCUAUGCUCAGUAGCCACACUGUCUUAGCAACUCAUGAAGCAGUGUUUAGAGAUAAAUGCAGCACCUAAAGAUAUCCUGCCUUAGCUGGAAGGAAUAUUGAUUCCAUGGAAGUUGGUGGCAGGCCCAUCAAGGAACUAUUUCCUGAAAGCUUAAGUAAGUGGCAGUAUGGAGCCUCUGGACUAUUAAUUCACUUUCAAUGAGUAGACUAGGGCUUUCCUCACUUAAUGUCUGACAAAUACCCAGAAGCUGUGAUAUUCUCCAUCCUGAUUUUUGGGAAGAUUAUACAAUGAAGGCAGAUAUGAGCAGUUGUCUCACUUUCGCAUAAAGAGAAAUAGUGUUCUAAAGCAUUCACAGCCGUAAGUGAGUUGCCAUUUGGUCAGGGAAGUGGGAACAUAGGUUUGCAGUAGUAUUUCUUGAACUUUUACCUGUUUACUAUUCUCCUGCUCUCUACCUUGAUUGUAGUUAUGUCCCAUUCGCUCUCUUAUCCUGACUAGAGUUAGUUGUUCUCUGGGGGAAGUCUUUGUAGCCCUGGUUGGAAUGUUGGUAUUGCUAUCAAAUUCAGUAUUCAAAAGUCUGUUUUAUACAAAACUACAUUUCUCUUCAUGGGAUUAUCAAAAUACAUAUUCUCCUAAGGAAUAUUUUAUUAUAGUAAAGCAGAAGUUUAUUUACGUGUACGUGCACACACACUUAGACACACACACACACACUCACAUACAAUUGCUAUAUAGUCUCUUUAAACAUUUGCAUUGAUCUUGUUCAUCCCUUCCUUUGUCAUACUGGCACCUCACCCCAGAAUUGAAACUGUUUCUGUUGCUUUGUACCAUGCCUAAGCACUUCUGAAAUCCCCGCAGUCAACUUCGAUCUCUUCUGCAUCACUUUUCCAUGAUGAUGGAAUUAGGACAAAAGUCGUGUGGAUUGUAUGUCAUUUAGACCUGCUGCUGAUACUUCAUUGCUGUUUUUAUGUGUCACAUACUAAGUUUGGGGAAGAAAACAACACUUGAAUUCACAUUUUUGUGGUAGUGCUUCCUUUUCAAAAUGUAAUUUCCACAAGAAGGCUUAUCCUGAAAUUAGGUCUUUCAUAAAAUAGUUUGUUUUUGACUAUAUAAUUCUCUCCAUAUUUUAAUGAUGUAUUUAUACCAGCAUACCAGCAUAAUACUAUGAUAUUUGAAUUUCACUAAGCAUUUUAUUAAAGUGUGUUUAUUAAAUAUUUUCAUAUGUCCAACCAAAGAUGACAUCAGUAAACAAAGUAUCAUGAAAAUAUAAGUGGUUAAAGAAAGAAAAAAUGCUAAAUUAAAUCACUGUUAUGAACAUCAGUCUUAAACAGCAAUGGCUGUUCUAAUUAUUUUUAGCCGUUUCCUUUAUCAAACAUUUAAAGGUAAAAAUUUCCUCAUAGCCAGCAAAAUUCUGAGCUGAGUUCUCCUGACAUUCUGCUGAUCAAGGAAUUUUAGAUGAAUACAGCCAGAGACAGAAAGAGAGGAGGGAGCAGACUUGAGGUAACGGCCAGGGGAGCGCCUCUCUUCCUUUCUGAACUGUAGGGAGCCAUGGCAAAUGAUAAGUUCUUAUUGAACUAUCGUGCUUGUGGGUUUGAUGUUGAUAAAGAUACAGAUACGGUAGAAAAUUCAGAUACCAGCCGUUCAUACCAUUGGGGAAGAAUUAUAAGAAUUAUAAGAUUCUUCCUUGAUAAGGAAUGACCUUUAACAGCUGGGAAGUACAAAGGGAAGGAUGAACAUCCCAGGGCUUCUCAUGCAUUUGCGAAUGAGGAAUCAAAGCAAAUGACAAUUAACUCACAAAGAAAAUAUUUUAGUGAAUAUCUUAAAUGCCCUAGAAGGCGUGAUUAAAAUAAAAGGAAAAAUAUAAUGGCCUUGGAGUUUCACCGCCCAGGAAUAUACACAGAGGUGUGCUAAUAUAUAAAACAAAGGAGUAAACAGGUAUGAAGGUCAGCAUUUGGUCUUACUAACAAUAAUAAAAUAAGAUAAACCUGUCCUUGCUGAUUAUUCCGUUUACAUGUUUGUCUAAUUAAUUCAUCAGUCCAUGCACUUUGGUUUAUCUCUGCAUGAUGCUUCUACCCAUUCAUUUUUCACUCGUGAAGGUGUGAACCAAAACAACUCUUUUCAAAUCUCUUGGUAUUUUUCACAGAGGUCUUUAUAAACCCAUAUUCUAGGAGUUAAUUACUCCAUCUCUACAAACAUAUCCUAAGAACAUACCAUGAGUUAUAACAAAAAAUAAAGAUUGAGAGAUUCCUACCAUCACUUAUUUCAGUUGUGCAUAAAUGUAGAUGUCUACAGGUCGCAUCAGUGGGACCCCUGAUUGCAAGCAAAGGUCACUUAGAAAGAUAAUAGAAAACGCUAAUGCUUGGGCCUCACUGACAUUUUGUUGUUGACUUUGUUUAGUAGGUGUAGAGUCCUGACAUUGGCAUUUAAAAAAUUUCCCUAAAAUUCUAAUGUACAGAAGGGUUGAAGACCACUGAAUGAAACAAGAAGACAGACAUUUAACCAAUCAACACUUUAACAUUUUAUUUAUGGUGCUUUUGUAAUAGUAUCAGAAAGAGUGUGUUAUAGACAUGAAAUAUUCUUGUAUGAUACUUAGAUACAUUUUACAAAAUGCAAAGUUUAAAAUGUUUGAGGAGUUGUGAUCUGAAGUGAUUUUUCUCUUUCAUCCAUGGGCAAAUAUUUAGUUAUGUUCUUACAUUAUUUUCAAAAGGAAAAUUAUAUUAAGAUCUUCCUGGCAAGAUCUUCUAAGUUAAUUCCUAUUCAUAGGUUAUUUGUACUGGCAAAUUGAGAGUUAUUCCGGCUUCUGAAAUGAUCAUGUGCUUAUAUUAGAGUAUAUCUAAUAAUAUUAUAAUGAAAUCUUUAUAACAUUUUCCCUUUUCUUUGAUGUCAGGAAUAUUUUUAAGAUGUUUUUUGAAGGUCGGAAUAUAAUUAACUCAAAAAUGGAACCUCUCCCUUAGCCUGUCUGAAUGCCAUGCUUCACACUAACACUCGAAUAGGGGAUGGGACAUUCUUCAAAAUCCCUGGAAAGUCAGGCCUCUAUGCUCUCAAAAAAGAGGAGUCAUCAUGCCCAGUGGAUGGAACAUUGGAUCUAGUGUGUGACCCAGACCUGGAUGGCACUGAGAUGGCAGAGGCCAGUGCCAACGGAGAGGAGAAUAGGGUGUGUACGAAGCAGGUAACGGAUGAAGUACCUUCCACUCGAGACUGCAGCCUUACGAACACAGCAGUGCAAAGCAAACUGGUGUCUUCCUUCCAGCAGCACACCAAAAAGGCUCUGAAACAGGCUUUGAGGCAGCAGCAGAAAAGAAGAAAUGGAGUCUCAAUGAUGGUGAACAAGACUGUUCCUCGUGUUGUUUUGACACCAUUAAAGGUGUCUGAUGAGCAGUCGGAUUCGCCUUCAGGAUCCGAGUCUAAAAAUGGGGAAGCAGACAGUUCAGAUAAAGAAAUGAAACAUGGGCAAAAAUCUCCCACUGGAAAACAAACAAGUCAGCACUUAAAACGCUUAAAAAAGUCUGGUUUAGGACACUUGAAAUGGACCAAAGCUGAGGACAUUGACAUAGAGACCCCCGGAUCGAUUCUCGUCAACACUAACCUGAGGGCAUUAAUAAACAAGCACACCUUUGCUUCCUUCCCACAGCAUUUUCAGCAGUAUCUUCUGCUUCUGCUCCCAGAAGUGGACAGGCAGAUGGGAAGUGAUGGAAUUUUACGCCUCAGUACUUCAGCUCUGAAUAAUGAAUUCUUUGCAUAUGCAGCACAAGGGUGGAAACAGCGACUGGCAGAAGGAGAAUUUACCCCAGAAAUGCAAUUACGAAUAAGGCAAGAAAUUGAGAAGGAAAAGAAAACAGAACCUUGGAAAGAAAAAUUCUUUGAGAGGUUUUAUGGAGAAAGAUUGGGCAUGUCCAGAGAAGAAUCCAUAAAGCUCACUUCUGGACCCAACCAUGAUGGAGCUGCAGGGUGUUCCUCACAUGGGAACUCUGGCAUUCCGGGUGCUUCUGCACAGACAGCAUUAGAAGAACAGCAACCAAAAAUCAUGAAAAGUUCAGCUUCCUCAGAGCCUGACUUCUGCACUACCAUUUGCCCUAUGUUAGAGGUUCCAGUGAAGGAUGUAAUGACAGAAUCAGAAACAGAAGACAUCUUUAUUGCGGAGGAAUCUGUGAUUCAGGAGGAAGUGGCAGAAGAGGUAGAGACGAGUAUCUGUGAAUGCCAAGAUGAAAAUCAUAAGACCAUUCCAGAGUUUUCUGAGGAGUCUGAAAGUCCAGCCACCUCUUGUGAAGAGCCUCAGUUAGCAGUCCCUGAAGAUAGCUUGGAGUCCUGUGUUGUAAUGAAUGAUAUUUUAGAAACUUUACCUCAUAUUGAAGUGAAGAUAGAUGAAAAAUUGGACUGUCCCCAGGAAGAAAUGUCAGUUGUUAUUGACCAACUAGAAAUCUGUGACUCUCUUGUUCCUUGCACUUCAUCUGUCACUCAUAUCCUUGAUGCAGAACAGAAGGAACAAGGAACCACUAUAGUGACCAGCACUAUAACCCUGAGAGCAGAGCCAUCUCUGGAAAGCCAAUUUCCAAAUGAGGGAAUCGCUGUAGACAUGGAGCUACAGAGUGACCCUGAAGAACAGCUCUCGGAAAAUGCUUGUGUCUCUGAGACUUCCUUCUCCUCUGAGAGCCCAGGGGGAGCAUGUGCCAGCCUUCCAUCCCCAGGUGGGGAAACACAAUCCACGUCCGAAGAGUCAUGCACUCCAGCCUCUCUGGAAACAACAUUCUGUUCUGAGGUGUCUAGCACUGAGAAUACAGAUAAGUACAGCCAGAGAAACCCUGCUGAUGAAAGCCUUCAUGUGUCUUUGAUGUCAGAAGUCUCUCCACUAGCCACCUCACCCGAAAUCUCAGAAGCAUCUCUAAUGUCUAACUUACCUCUGACAUCCGAGGCAUCACCAGUGUCCAACUUACCUCUGACAUCAGAAGCAUCUCCAAUGUCUGAUUUACCACUGACAUCAGAAACCUCCUCAGUGUCUUCCAUGCUUCUCACCUCUGAGACGCCUUUUGUAUCCAAUUUGCCUGUCCCUGCAGAGACUUCUCCAAUUUCUAACUCUUCCAUGAAUGAAAGAAUGAUGCAUCAACAGAGAAAGUCACCUUCAGCUUCUGAAGAAGCUCCCUCUCCACAGAAAGAUGAAUCUUCUGUCCCCACCAAGCCCCUGGGAGAGAACCUUAUCUCCCACCCUCUGCCUUUGUCCAACAUCCCGGAACCCAUCAGCGUGAGUUCUUCCAUCGUGCCUGAAGCACUCCCACCUGAAGAAUUGCACAGCCAGACUCUGAGUCAGGAACCUUGUCACUCUCGUGUUGAAAUGGAGAAGCUCUACCCGCCUUCUAUCCCAGAACUUCCCUCUCCAGAAAUGAUGAAGGUUAAAAACCACAGUGUCCUGCAAAGAACAGAAAAGAAAGGGGUGUCCUCACCAUUAGAAGUCCCUGUCUUUUCUGAGGAGACAGAGACUGAGGGGAAUGAGAUUCCACCAGCUAAACUCCAGGAAAAGCAGUAUGUCCCACCAGUAGAUAAGGCUCCAUUUUUAGAAGGCUCAAGAAACAAAAUACAUAAGCAGACCAGUAUACUGAAUAGAUUGGAGACCUCACAUAAUUCCAAAACAGCAGAGCCCUCCAAGUCACCUGAUGGGAUAAGAACUGAAAGUAGAGAAUCAGAGAUAUCAAAGAGGAAAACUGUGGAGCAUAGUUUUGGAAUUUGUAAAGAGAAAAGACCCAGGAUAGAAGAGGACCAGUCAGCCCGAAGCCUAGCAUCCUGCAGUUCACCUGAGAAAGAGCAGCCUCCACGAGAGGAGCCUAGGGUGCCCCCUCUUAAGAUACAGCUUUCUAAAAUUGGGCCACCUUUUAUCAUCAAGAGCCAGCCAGUCUCCAAAGCAGAGUCCCGAGCAUCUACUAGCCCAUCAGUCAGCAGUGGUAGGAACACAGGAGCCAGGACUCUUGCAGACAUCAAGGCCCGUGCCCAACAAGCUCGUGCCCAGCGUGAGGCUGCUGCAGCUGCUGCAGUUGCAGCUGCAGCAAGCAUUGUCUCAGGAGCCAUGGGAAGCCCAGGAGAGGGUGGGAAGGCAAGAACCCUGGCCCACAUCAAGGAGCAGACCAAAGCUAAGCUCUUUGCAAAGCAUCAGGCCCGAGUCCACCUCUUCCAGCCCCCCAAGGAGACCCGGUUGCCCACUCUCAGCUCCAAGGAAGAACCUCUCAAUAUGGAAGCCUCUUCUACCCCUGAAACAAAAAUGGAAGGUUCCACUGGUGUCAUCAUCAUCAAUCCAAACUGCAGAUCUCCUAGCAACAAGCCCACACACCUCCGGGAGACCACCACUGUAUUACAGCAGCCUCUGAACCCGCCUCACAUUCCAGAAACUGCCACUGACUUGUCUGUGCAUAGUUCUGAUGACAACAUGCCUGUGUCACAUUUAACUGAGAAAAUUGUCUCAUCUACCUCUUCUGAAAAUAGCAGUGUACCCAUGCUUCUUAAUAAAAAUCCCAUCAACCCCGUCCCUAUGUCUGUCUGCAGCACUGCUGUGUCGGGAGCAAUUAAAGAGCAUCCCUUUGUGAGUCCUGUUGACAAAUCUUCUGUCCUCAUGUCUGUUGACAGUGCAAACAGUACGAUUUCUGCUUGUAAUAUAAGCCUGUUGAAAUCCAUCCAGGGAUCUGACACUCCAUGCAUAGCCCUUGUACCAAAAUGUAUCGACAGGACUCCUAUCCCAGCUGCUCCAGAAGGUACUGGACGGUCAAACUCCACGGAUGGUAAGACCCUGCUUGUACCCAGCAGCAAGGCUGCUAACUUAGUGUCCAGUCAGUACACAUCUGUGCCAGCUCCCACUGUUGGAAGUACUUUGCCAAACCAUCUCUGCACUAGCUCUGUCUUGAUUCCCCCCGCGGGGAUUAGUAACAGAUUUGCUUCUGAGAAGAUAGCCAUGUCUGGGAGUGAAGACCAGGCCACGGUGUCCAUCAGUGCCCCCGUGAGAACAGCUCUCAGCUGUGGCGACUCAGUGGCUGUCACUGAUCCACUGCUUUCACGUCCACCCAUCGCGAUGUUUUCGGGAAACAUGCUCACUAUAAACUCUUACGAUAGUCCUCCCAAACUCAGUGGAGAAAGCUUGGACAAAAAUUCAGGGCCUCGAAACAGGACAGACAAUUCCGGAAAACCUCAGCAGCCACCAGGGGGCUUUGGCCCAGCCACCCUAAACAGAUCGAUUCCAUGUAAAGUCAUUGUGGACCACAGCACGACACUGACCUCCAAUUUGUCUCUGACUGUCUCCAUUGGAAAUGCAGAAGCAAGCUUGGAUCCCCAGAGUAGGCCAGUGAGGACAGACAUACCCACACAGCCUGUGGCAUGUCCUCAGGUGUCAGUCAUUAGUAGACCUGAGCAGGUCACGAGUGAAGGUGUUGACCAUGGUUCUGUUUUCAUUGCUACUUCUACAGCUAAACAGGACUGUAAGACACUUCAGGCCACUAGCACCAGCCAUCGAGAAUUGCCCCUUGCUCUUCCGGAUAAACUAAAUGAAGUGGCGGCGCCUAGUCAUGGCUUUGCUGAGCCGGCACGGAACUCGAGUGCUUUCAAGAGUGAAACAGACACAACCUGUAGCAAUCAGUAUAACCCGGGAAACCGGAUUUGCUGGAGUGAAGAGCCAGUGAGAAACACGGGACAGCCUGUGGUUAGUCACUCGGGUUCGAGUAAACAGAAAGAAUAUCCCGAGCAGAGUGGGCCGAAGGCUGUCAAAACAGAGCACGCCAACUAUGCACACGUGUCAGAUCUCCACCCUCGGAAUCUCAUCACGAACGUCAGUCUUCCUGUGAAGCCCGAACCCCAUGAAGUAGACAAGGGUUUUAGAAUGGACACGGAGGAUUUCCCUGGCCCUGAGCGUCCUCCUCCAGCCCCAGAGGUGACAAACAGUGUUAGUGGUCAACAAACCCAGGCCACGAAGCCUUCCGCCACGAGCCCCGCGGAAGAGGCUAUCUCCUUGGCUACCGACACCCUGAAAAGACUUCCGAGUGCAGGCAGCUCAAGCUGCCGCCUGUCUUCCGUGGAAGCGAACAACCCACUGGUGACACAGUUACUGCAGGGCAACCUGCCUCUGGAAAAGGUGUUACCGCAGCCGAGACUGGGAGCCAAACUGGAAAUCAACAGGCUCCCUCUGCCCCUUCAAACUACCUCAGCGGGUAAGGCAGGGCUGGAGAGAAGCCUGGUGGAAAUGCCGUCCAGCUCCCCAAAUCCAGACGGUAAAGGCUAUUUGGCAGGAACUCUAGCACCACUCCAAAUGAGGAAGCGAGAAAACCAUCCCAAAAAGAGAGCAGCCAGGACGGUGGGAGAGCACGCUCAAGUUAAAUGUGAGCCAGGGAAGAUGGCGAUGGAGCCAGAUGUCAAAGCGGUACCCUGCGUCAUCAGUCCAGGCGUGAGUCAACUAGGACACAGCCAGCCAUUUAAGCAAGAACGGCUUAGCAAGUCCUCCAUGGCCAACAGGAUCAUGCCCAGCCCUGAGGUCAAACAACAGAAACGGCUGUUGCCUGCAUGUAGCUUCCAGCCGAGCCUGUUCCAUGUGAACAAAAACGAUGGCUUCCACGCUGACACUAGUACCUCACACAGACAGCAGUUCUACCAAAUGCCCAUGGCUGCCAGGGGACCCCUUCCCACUGCUGCUCUGUUACAGACCUCUCCCAAGACCCCAGUGGGCUGCAGUGCAUUCGCCUUCAAUAGGCAUCUUGAACAAAAGGCAUUGGGAGAUGUCAAUCUUCCUUCAGCACCUCACCAGCUAAGACUAGCCAAUAUGUUGUCCCCCAACAUGCCCAUAAAGGAAGGCGAGGACGGGGGAGGCACCACACACACAAUGCCAAGCAAAGCAGUGGUCCAUCCUCCACUGCCACUUCCACCACCACCUCCUCCACCACCCCCUCCACCCUUGGCCUUGCCCCCACCACCCCCUCCACCCCCUCCACUACCUCCACCGCUCCCUACUGUCGAAGUCCCAUCCGAUCAAAAGCAACCACCAGUUACCAUGGAAACCAGUAAGCGACUUAGUUGGCCCCAGUCCACUGGCAUAUGUAGCAAUAUCAAAUCAGAACCUCUUUCUUUUGAGGAAGGUUUAAGCAGCAGCUGUGAACUGGGCAUGAAACAGGUUUCGUAUGACCAGAAUGAAGUGAAAGAGCAGCUGAAGGCAUUUGCAUUGAAAAAUGCAGAUUUUUCUUCCUACUUGCUCUCUGAGCCUCAAAAGCCUUUCACCCAGUUAGCUGCUCAAAAAAUCCCAGUGCCCCAGCAACAACCGCUCUGUGGAAGUUACCCGACCAUACACUUUGGGAGCACAAGUUUCAAAAGGGCAGCAUCUGCCAUCGAAAAGUCCAUUGGGAUUUUGGGAAGUGGCUCCAGCCCUGCCUCCACCACAGGCCUGGCAGGUCCGAACACUCAGAUGCCCGUUCAGAACUUUGCAGACAAUAGCAACACUGACGAGUUAGAGCUGAAAUGCUCUUGCCGGCUCAAAGCCAUGAUUGUGUGCAAAGGCUGUGGGGCCUUUUGCCACGACGACUGCAUAGGUCCUUCCAAACUUUGUGUAGCUUGCCUGGUUGUCCGAUAAGAGCUGAGUGAAAGAUGCAGUGCCCCCCCCCCAUUUUUAACAUGAAAAAGCCUAACAGGAUUAGCAAGGAGUCAAAUAAGGCAUUGACUUCUAUACUGGCAUAUCUCAUUGAGGAGCUUAGUCAUCUGUUUCUUCUAGGUGAUUGUUUUCUUACCUCUCUCAUACAGGGGAAGAUGCAGCACGCAGGAAUGGCUUUUGCCUGUUCAGUCGCUAUUCACAGCUUUGAUGUGUUUCUGUCUGUGUAUACAGAUCACUGCCUCAUUCUUUUUCUUUUUCUUUCUUUUUUUUUUUUUCUUUUUUCUUUCAAUCCAGGCCUAGACAGGGCAACCUGAGUUGUCUAAUCACCAGAUAUGCAGAUGUUGAAAAACUAUGACAAACAUGACCUAAGUUGGCCAGGUGUCUUUCCAUAGAUUGGACAUCACAGCAAGCAUUUCUGCGGUGAUGCUGUGGGACCUACCCAUACCCAGUGGCUCGAGGCAUAGUAGGAGCAGGAGCCGAAAGAUAUGAUUCUUCCUAUUUACCCCGAUCACAGAAAGUGCAUGAAGGAUGUGUCAGUGGCAUCCACUGUACCAGCUCUCUUUCCUCCUUUCUUACUCUUUCUCAGAAACAGACAAAAACAAACCUGAAUUGGCUUUGGAUUCUGUCCACAAAUUGUGGUUGAAUAUGCAUUGUGACUGAAUUGACAGCGGAGCCCCGUGCUAUAGGUGGUGUGAUUCUAGCCCUUGGAUAUCCAAUAAUGUAAGGUCCAUUGGCUGGUAAUCAUGGGACCAGAGUAUUGUGGUGUUCCACGUGUGGGUUUAAGAGCAAAUAUGAAAAUCCAUGCCCUGAUAUUAGAAAUAAGCAAUAAAAUGCUAUAUGUGCAUGUAUAGUGGGUUGAUGAUGUAAGGUAAUAACCAUUCUAAUCACUCCAAUCCAAUAACCACAUGGAAACUGUGGGUGUGGAAAGCAACUAUUGCCCUUAUUCACACCAGUGCACUCUGACCUUUGCAGAGAUGGGCCACCUCCUUUUGCAAGUUGGUAGGAACUGAUGAUAGGAACUACAGAAGGCUGAAUGAAGGGUAAUAUUUUUUCAGAACCAUUUCUCCCCUCUUGAUUCCCAGACUACACGGUUGUCUUUGACUCUGAAAUAACCCUUAUUUUCAAAACUUGCUCCCUCCUGCAUGUGUUGCUAUUUCUUUCCUCAGACCUAGGAGAGGGGAUGGAAAAGGAAUACUGCAUCUCAGUUAUCUUCAGUGUUUAUCCCGUGAAAACUCUGGGGAGCUGAGCUACUUCCAUCUGCUGACUACUCUCACACUGGAGACAGCUGUGCCUGACAAGGCUCUGUUCCCCAAACCAAGCUCCAAAGCACACAAGACUAAAGGAAGGAGAAGUACACCCAUUUAACUUCAGACUCAGAGCACAAAAUGCAAAUGCCAUUAGUUCAUUGAUUGUGCCUGUAGACUUAAAAAUUAAAGAAUUCAGAGGGAAAAAUCUCUUGUGUCUAGGGUCAGAGUGAAAGAUAUUUUCAUGUGGGAUCAUCUUGUCAACGUAAACAUUUCUGACAUUCCUUGAAAAUGUAUCUUCAAAAGUGAACUGGAAUGAGUAGAAACCCUUCAUACAUUCCUGAAAAAACAAAACAAAGACCACUAUGUUUAAAAAAAAAAAAACAUAAUAACUGGGGUGGGGUACUUUCCUCUAAAUCUAUUAUUGUGAUGUUGCCAAAUUUCCUUAGGUGACAGAGACGUUGUUCUAACAAAUUCCUGAAGGCGAAAGGUCCUUUAUCUUAAAGACAAGCAAAGAAAGGGCUGCCUGUGGCAGUGGCCCUGUGCUUCAGUCCUGUCCCUGCCUUUUCAUCUGAAAUCUGUCUAUUGACGAUGGAAAAGUCAGUGAGGCACUUAGCUAUAGCCCAAGGACCGCAACCUUAGGGCCAGGCUGUGAGCUGCCUGCCUGCCUGGGUGUAGCUGUGCUUAUCGGUGAUGCCCUUAUGGUCUGCUUGGGUAUGAUAUCAUCUUAAUUAUGAAGCUUGUGCUCUUAGCCUCACAGCGGGGCACCCCAAAACACAGUGACACUUGCAUGCCUACCCCUUCCUAUUUAAUCGCUGCUAUUCCAGCGCCAGAUACUGUCUACACCAGCAGAUUCUGAACUACAGCGUCAGUACCUGACACCUGUUAAAGAAAACCAAGUCUCCGAAGCCUUUGCACUCUGUAUGAGAGGGACAGUUGAGGCUGGAGGGACCCUGGGCUCAUUGUCAGUUGCACCUUUGUUGAAUACUGCCUGCCAAUUGCUUCCUGGGAAUAAAGAAAAGUGUCCUUCUGUAUGUUUGGAUAUUUCACACAGUAAGUUUGGAAAUUCAAAUGUUGAUAGUGCAUGGAUUCUGUCACCCAGGUCCAAAGAGCAUAAUUUUUCUAGAACCAGCUUCUUUUCUGCCCCGGUUCAAAUUCUGGACAUUCUCUUAUUGUUUAUUUUCCUGAGACAUUAUCUUUGGAGUGAGUAUAGUAAUGAAAUUCAGGAGCAAAAUGUGGGCUAGGUAUUUUGUAGGUGUGCAUUUCACGUUUAUAUAAAAGCCAGCCUAUUCGAAUUAGGCAAGCAGCUUCCCGGCUUCCUGAUUCCACGUGUUUGCGUGCGUGUGUGCAGCUCAGCACUGCUAUUUACUACGCGGCUGUGGUGGUGUAAUGUGCAAACUGUACGUGUGCAUUUUCCUGGUCACUGGACGCUGUUAGUCCCCUAUCAGGAACUGAACUCGCACGUGUAACAUGUAUUUAUUUUUAAUCACAAAGGAUGUAUUUCUCAAAAUAGCACUUUUGAAGCAGGGGAGGGAAGGAGACUACCAUGCCCCUAUUCCCCUCCAUGUGAUAUGCAUAUGCCUGAGGUGUAUAAAACAUUUAGCUAGUUAAUGGGCAUGUUAAUAAAAGCAUUCUGAUGCAAAUUCAUUUCCAAAAUGAAAAUAUUUUUCCUUCCCCAAAGUGAGAAUGCAAAAUGCAGUGACCAGAGCACCAUAGUUAUGUAGACUAUUUCCCUGUGAAGGCCUAGUGUUAAGAAACAAACUUGAAAACCUAUGAGCCUGAGCCAGGUUGCUAGAACGACUUCAUGGCAGUAUGUGUUUCUGGGGUGAGCUGUAGGACCACAGCUGACUUCUGGACCUUGGAUGUUCUUACUCAGUUCAAAAUAAGCAUAGAGAAAUCAGCUGGUACCUGUGGUGCUUCGUGAUGUAGUCAAAAAUAGUACUUUCAAGAGUACACAAUGCUGCAAGCCGGACUCCUUUACAAACACUCGCACAAUUUAAAACACAAACAAACAAAAACAACUUGCUGUGGCCAGUCUCCCAGCUUCUCUGGGUGGGGUGUGAUGGCGUCCAGGUGUUAGAUGCUGAAGCCCAGCUUGACCACUGCCUGGCCCUAGCCUGGUGUGGGAGCCCAGCAUCCUAACAGCUGCCUGGGAUACCUACCCCAUCGAACACACAGAGCUCAGACUCGAGGUCCACCUGUGUUCCCCGAGAACAAUGUGAAGAGUCCUGGGACAGAACGUAUCCACUGUCAGGGGCCUAUGUAGCCAAAAUGUCACUGUAAGAGUUGUGUUGCUUCCUCUGUCCUCAUGGUUGUCACUGUAAAGCAAACAAAAGGCAUUUUUACUAUAAUUUAAAGGAGCUGCUUUUUUUAAUAGCAUACACUAUUUAGCUUUGAACUAUAUUUUAUAGUCACAGAAUAAUCUAGACUGUAGAGAAACUUUGCUGUGUUUGUGCUGUUCACGAAUGUUCCAGAAAAGUGCUUUACCCGGUUUCCCCUUCCCUGGCUCUGCUGUACCCUUUCCUUGCUUCGCAGAAAUCCGAUCUCAUUCAUGUUUUCAGUACCAUUUUUUUUUUAAUGUGUUUGUUGUGGACUGUUCUUUCUUUGGGUCAGUAUUCUAAAUGUUUACAUCUGUUUGACAUUAGCCCUGUAAUGCCUCUUUUUUUUGUUCAAAGGCGGAAUUUUCUCCUCCAGUAAAACAGCAAAAUGUGAAGUCCACCCAAACACAGCAAGCAUGGCACACACAGACUGGGGGCCCAGGCCCUGACUGUACACAGACAUUUCCUAUCAGCAUACGCAAGAGCAAAACCCUCCUUCAGUCCUCUACCAAAGAAUAUAUUAUUCCCACAGGAAAAACUCAGAAAGGUGUGUAAAACCCUCAGGAGGAGGAGCAGUUCAUCCAGGAGACUGCUACAAUUGAAUAAUGGUAUGCUUGCUUUGAUACCUGACUAAAUGUGACUGGCUGCAACAAGCAUUUCAGAAGAAGGUUUUAGGCAGUGUUUUGUUUAGAAUUCAGGGAUCAUGCAUUCUUUAAUGGUGCUGUUUGUUUUUUUAUUUCUUUUCUACAAAGAAUAAAAAGUGUUGCCUACAAAAGUAACUGCUCAUGAUAAUGUAAGUUAAAUGGAAUGUCUGUCUCUCUAUGUUUCUAUGUUUUUCCUUUUCUCCAAGUAAGAAUUUGGUUUCAGUAUCAAAAUAUUCUGGAGAAAAUAAAGAAAUGAAAACAUGAAA